CCUGGCGGCUCAACCACGUCUCCGGCGAGGCCCCGGGCAGCCGCGCGCCGCUCGCCCUGCGCCCGCCUUGCAGCCCGGGCCCGGCGCGAUGGGGGCCGCUGCCGGCCGGAGCGCCCACCUGGGGCCCGCGCCAGCCGGCUACCGGCUGCGCUCCCUGCUCCUGGUGCAGCUGCUGCUACUGGUCUGGGCCCCGAGGGCCACCGGGACCCAGGGCACCGAGUUCCCCGAGCUGUGCAGUUAUACAUGGGAAGCUGUUGAUACCAAAAAUAACAGGCUGUAUAAAAUCAGCAUCUGUGGAAAUGUGGCUGUUGCCCCGUGUGGGACAUCAAGUGCUGUUUGUAUGCAGGACUUGAAGACAAACAGCUUUCAUUCCGUGGGAGACUCUGUUUUGAAAAGUGCCUCCAGAUCUCUUCUGGAAUUCAACACGACAGUGAGCUGUGGGCAACAAAGCGCGAAUCACAGAAUCCAGAGUAGCAUCACCUUCUUAUGUGGGAAAACCUUGGGAACUCCUGAGUUUGUAACUGCAACAGACUGCGUGCAUUACUUUGAGUGGAGGACGACAGCGGCCUGCAAGAAAGACAUAUUCAAAGCCAAGAAAGAGGUGCCGUGCUACGUGUUUGACAGAGAGCUCAAGAAGCGCGACUUGAACCCACUGAUCAAGGUCGGCGGCGCCUACUUGGUGGACGACUCGGACCCGGAUGCGUCUCUGUUCAUCAACGUUUGCAGAGACAUAGACACGCUCCGGGACAGGGCUCCACAGUUGCGUGCCUGUCCCUUGGGCACCGCAGCCUGCCUGGUGAGAGGGGACUGGGCCUUCGACGUCGGCCGGCCCAGGGAGGGGCUGCAGCUCCUGAGCAACGACAGGCUCGUCCUGAGUUACGUGAACGAAGAGCCAGCUCCCCCAGACUUCUGUGACGGUCACAGCCCGGCCGUGACCAUCACGUUCGUCUGCCCGUCGGAGCGCAGAGAGGGCACCCUUCCCAAGCUCACGGCCAAGUCCAACUGCCGCUACGAGGUCGAGUGGGUGACCGAGUACGCCUGCCCCAGGGACUAUCUGGAGAGCAGGAACUGCUUUCUGAGCAGCGAGCAGCACGAUAUCACCAUCGACCUGCAGCCGCUCAGCCGGGUCGGAGACGCCCCUUACACCUGCGAAGGAGAGGAGUACGUCUUCUCGUUGAGCGUCUGCGGAGGAGCCGAGACACCUGUCUGUAAUGAGAAAGACGCCGCCGUGUGCCAGGUGAAAAAGGCAGAUUCCACGCAAGCCAAAGUGGCGGGAAGACUCCAGAAUCAGACCCUCCGGUACUCGGAUGGAGACCUCACCUUGAUUUAUUUUGGAGGCGAUGAAUGCAGCUCGGGCUUCCAGCGGAUGAGUGUCAUAAACUUUGAGUGCAAUAAAACUGCAGGUAACAACGGGAAGGGGGCCCCCGUGUUCACCGGGGAGGUGGAUUGCACCUACUUCUUCACAUGGGACACGAGGUACGCCUGCGUGGAGGAGAAGGAGGCUCUGCUCUGCGGCGUCGCGGACGGGAGGCAGCGCUUCGACCUGUCGGCGCUGGCCCGGCACUCAGAACUGGAACAGAACUGGGAAGCAGUGGAUGGCAGCCAGAGGGGAGCAGAGAAGAAGCAUUUCUUCAUUAACAUCUGCCGCCGGGUGCUGCAGGAGGGCCAGGCCAGGGGCUGCCCCGAGGACGCGGCCGCGUGUGCCGUUGAUGAGUCUGGAAGUAAAAACCUGGGCAAAUUUAUUUCUUCUCCCACAAGAGAAAAAGGAAACAUUCAGCUCUCCUACUCGGAUGGCGAUGAGUGUGGUGGUGGCAAGAGAAUAAACACCAAUAUAACACUCAUCUGCAAGCCAGGUGACUUAGAGAGUGCUCCAGUGCUGAGAACUUCCAGAGCCGACGGCUGCUUCUACGAGUUUGAGUGGUACACAGCCGCCGCGUGUGUGCUGUCCAGGACCGAGGGAGACAACUGCACGGUCUUUGAUGCCCAGGCAGGGUUUUCUUUUGACUUGUCGCCUCUCACUAAGACAAAUGGUGCCUACAAAGUUGAGACAGAGAAGUACGAGUUUUAUAUUAACGUGUGCGGCGCGGUGUCUGCGAGCGCCUGCCAGCCGGACUCGGGCGCCUGCCAGGUGUCGAAAAGUGACAAGAAGUCUUGGAACCUGGGACGCAGUAACGCCAAGCUUUCCUACUACGACGGGAUGAUCCAGCUGAACUACCACGACGGCACGCCCUAUAACAACGAGCGGCGGACUCCGCGAGCCACGCUCAUCACCUUCCUCUGUGAUCGGGAUGCUGGAGUGGGCCUGCCUGAGUACCAGGAAGAAGAUAACUCUACCUACAACUUCCGGUGGUACACCAGCUACGCCUGCCCCGAGGAGCCGCUGGAGUGCGUGGUGACCGACCCGUCCACGCUGGAGCAGUACGACCUCUCCAGUCUUGCAAAAUCUGAGGGCGGUCGUGGCGGGAACUGGUACGCCCUGGACAGCGCGGGCCCGCACAGCACGUGGAGGAAGUACUACAUCAACGUGUGUCGGCCUCUGAACCCGGUGCCGGGCUGCGAUCGGUACGCGUCCGCCUGCCAGAUGAAGUAUGAGAGCCACCAGGGUUCGUUUUCCGAAACCGUCUCCAUCAGCAACUUGGGGGUCGCGAAGGCGGGCCCCGUGGUGGAGAACAGCGGCAGCCUUGUCCUGGAGUACGUGAACGGCUCCGCCUGCACCACCAGCGACGGGAGGCGGACCACCUACACCACCCGGAUCCACCUCGUCUGCUCCAGGGGCAGCCUGAAUACCCACCCCAUAUUUUCGCUCAGCUGGGAGUGUGUGGUCAGCUUCCUGUGGAACACGGAGGCCGCCUGUCCUGUCCGGGUGACCACGGACACAGACCAGGCCUGCUCCAUCCGGGACCCCAACAGCGGCUACGUGUUUGAUCUGAACCCACUCAACCGUUCCCAGGGAUACGUGCUCACAGGCAUCGGGAAGACCUUUGUGUUUAACGUGUGCGGUACGAUGCCCAUCUGCGGGACCCUGGAUGGAAAGCUGGCUUCGGGCUGCGAGGCGGAAACCGAGACGAAAGAGCUGAAGAAUCUGAGGCCGGGCAGGCUGGUGGGGCUGGAGAAGAUCCUCCAGUUGUCCCCCGAGGGCUUCAUAACUCUGACCUACACAGGGCUUCCCUCCCACCCCAAAGGGCCGGCUGACGCUUUCAUCAUCCGCUUCGUUUGCAAUGGCGACCUUUACCCAGGGGUCCCCAAGUUCCUGCACCGAGACAUCGACUCUCGCCUGGGGAUCUGGAACACUUUCUUUGACUUUGAAACCGCGCUGGCCUGUGUGCCUUCUCCAGUGGAUUGCCUAGUCACCGACCCCGAGGGGAAUGAGUACGAUCUGAGCGGCCUAAGCAGAGUCAAGAAGCCCUGGACUGCGGUGGACACCACCAGCGAUGGCAAAAAGAGAACCUUCUACCUGAGUGUCUGCAACCCCCUGCCGUACAUUCCCGGCUGCCACGGCAGCAUGGUGGGGUCCUGCCUGGUGUCGGAAGACAAGAGCCUGAACCUGGGCGUCGUGCAGGUCAGUCCUCAGGUCGCCGCCAACGGCUCCCUGAGCGUCGUCUACGUCAACGGCGACACGUGCAAGGACCAGCGCUACUCCACGCGGGUCAUCCUCGAGUGCGCCCACACCGCGGGGUCCCCGACGUUCCAGCUUCUGGACGACUGCGAGUACGUGUUUGUCUGGAGAACGGUGGAAGCCUGUCCCGUGGUCCGUGUGGAAGGGGACAACUGCUCGGUGAAGGACCCGCGGCACGGCAACUUGUAUGACCUCAAGCCUCUCGCCCUCAACGACACCGUGGUGAGCGCCGGCGAAUACACCUAUUACUUCCGGGUCUGUGGGAAGCUGUCCUCGGACGUCUGCCCCACCAGCGACAGGUCCAAGGUCAUCUCGUCAUGUCAGGAGAAGCGCGGACCCCAGGGCUUUCAGAAAGUGGCAGGCCUCCUUACGCAGAAGCUGACCUAUGAGAACGGGGUGUUGAAGAUGAACUACACCGGCGGGGACACCUGCCACAAGGUGUACCAGCGCUCCACCACCAUCUUCUUCUACUGCGACCGCAGCACGCAGGCGCCGGUGUUUCUGCAGGAGACCUCGGACUGCUCUUACCUGUUCGAGUGGCGCACGCAGUACGCCUGCCCGCCUUUCGACCUGACCGAGUGCUCCUUCAAAGAUGCGGCUGGGAACACCUUUGACCUCUCGUCCCUGGCAAGGUACAGUGACAACUGGGAAGCCGUCACGCGGACGGGGGCCACAGAGCACUACCUCAUCAACGUCUGCAAGUCCCUGGCCCCGCAGGCCGGCUCAGAGCCCUGCCCUCCGGAGGCGGCCGUGUGUCUGCUGGGUGGUGCCAAGCCCGUGAACCUGGGCAGGGUGAGGGACGGCCCGCAGUGGAAGGACGGGGCAACCCUGCUGAAGUAUGUCGACGGCGACCCGUGUCCAGACCGGAUCCGGAAGAAAUCCACCACCAUCCGCUUCGCCUGCAGAGAGAGCCAAGUCAGCUCCAGGCCCAUGUUCAUCAGCGCGGUGGAGGACUGCGAGUACACCUUCUCCUGGCCCACGGCGGCCGCCUGCCCGGUGAAGAGCAACGUGCACGACAACUGCCAGGUCACCAACCCCGUCACUGGACACCUGUUUGACCUGAGCUCUUUAAGCGGCAGGGCCGGGUACACCGCCGCUUACAGCGAGAAGGGGCUGGUUUACAUCAGCGUGUGUGGGGACAACGAGAACUGCGCCCCUGGCGUGGGGGCCUGCUUCGGGCAGACCAGGAUCAGCGUGGGCAAGGCAAACAAGAGGCUGACCUACGAGGACCAGGUCCUGCGGCUGGUGUACAAGAACGGCUCCCCCUGUCCUUCCAAGACCGGCCUGACCUACACGAGUGUCAUCAGCUUCGUGUGCAGGCCCGAGGCCGGGCCCACCGACAAGCCCGUGCUCAUCUCGCUCGACAAGCAGACGUGCACGCUCUUCUUCUCCUGGCACACGCCGCUGGCCUGCGAGCAGGAGGUGGAGUGCACUGUGCGGAACGGCAGCUCCAUCAUCGACCUGUCCCCCCUCAUCCACCGCACCGGGGGCUACGAGGCCUUCGACGAGAGCGAGGACGCCGCCUCCGACACCAACCCUGACUUUUACAUCAACAUCUGCCAGCCGCUCAACCCCAUGCACGGCGUGCCCUGUCCCGCCGGAGCCGCCGUGUGCAAGGUGCCCGUCGACGGGGCCCCCAUCGAUAUUGGCCGAGUCACAGGCCCGCCGAUCCUCAAUCCCAUAGCCAAUGAAGUCUACUUGAAUUUUGAAAGCAGUACCCCCUGCUUGGCGGACAAGCAUUUCAACUACACCUCAUUGAUUGCGUUUCAUUGUAAGAGAGGUGUGAGCAUGGGGACGCCGAAGCUGCUGAGGACCAGCGACUGCGACUUCGUGUUCGAGUGGGAGACGCCGCUGGUCUGUCCCGACGAGGUGACGACGGAGGGCUGCUCCCUGACGGACGAGCAGCUGUCCUACAGCUUUAACCUGUCCAGCCUCUCCAAGAGCACCUUCAAGGUGACUCGAGACUCGCGCACCUACAGCGUGGGGGUGUGCACUGCCGCCGCGGGCCUGGACCAAGGAGGCUGCAAGGACGGGGGCGUCUGUCUGCUCUCCGGGAGCAGGGGGGCAUCUUUUGGGCGCCUGGCAUCCAUGAAGCUGGAUUACAGGCACCAGGACGAGGCCGUCAUUUUAAGUUACGCCAAUGGGGAUAAUUGCCCUCCAGAAACGGAAGAAGGCGACCCGUGUGUGUUCCCCUUCACGCUCAACGGGAAGAGCUACGAGGAGUGCGUGCUGGAGGGCAGGGCCAGGCUCUGGUGCGCCACCACCGCCGACUACGACAGAGACCACGAGUGGGGCUUCUGCAGACACUCAAACAGCCACCGGACGUCGGCGAUCAUCUUCAAGUGCGACGAGGACGCCGACGUGGGGCGGCCCCAGGUCUUCAGCGAAGUUCGUGGGUGCGAGGUGACAUUUGAGUGGAAGACAAAAGUCGUCUGCCCCCCGAAGAAGAUGGAGUGCAAAUUCGUCCAGAAACACAGAACCUACGACCUGCGGCUGCUGUCCUCGCUCACCGGGUCCUGGUUCUUUGUCCACGACGGGGCCUCGUACUACCUCAAUUUGUGUCAGAGGAUAUACAAAGGGCCCCUUGACUGCUCGGACAGGGCCAGCGUCUGCAAGAAGAACCCAUCGGGUAACGUCCAGGUGUUGGGGCUUGUUCACACACAGAAGCUGGACGUCAUCGGUGACAGAGUCGUCGUAACUUACUCAAAAGGCCAUCAGUGUGGUGGGAAUAAGACGGCGUCCACCGUCAUCGAGCUGACCUGUGCCAAAACGGUGGGCAGACCUUCGUUCAGCAGGUUCGACGUUGACAGCUGCACCUACCACGUCCGCUGGGACUCGCGGGCGGCCUGCGCCGUGAAGCCCCAGGAGGUGCACAUGGUGAACGGCACCUUCACCAACCCCGCCAGCGGCCAGAGCUUCAGCCUCGGGGACAUUUAUUUUAAGCGAUUCAGCGCCUCGGGGGACAUGAGAGCGAACGGCGACAAGUACCUGUACGAGAUCCAGCUGUCGUCCAUCACGAGCGCCACCCACCCGGCCUGCGCCGGGGCCAACAUCUGCCAGGUGAAGCCCAACGACCAGCACUUCAGCAGGAAGGUCGGAACCUCGGACAAAACCAAGUACUACAUUCAAGACGGCGAUCUGGAUGUGGUGUUUGCCUCGUCCUCCAAGUGUGGGAAAGACAAGACCAAGUCCGUCUCCUCCACCAUCUUCUUCCACUGCGACCCGCUGGUGAAGGACGGCAGCCCGGAGUUCAGCCACGAGACCGCCGACUGCCAGUACCUCUUCUCCUGGUACACCUCCGCCGUGUGUCCUCUGGAGGCGGGCUUCGGGAAGAACACCGGAGACGACGAGCCGGAGCACAAGGGGCUCUCGGAGCGCAGCCAGGCCGUUGGGGCGAUCCUUAGCCUGCUGCUGGUGGCCCUCACCGGCUGCCUGCUCACCCUGCUGCUUUACAAGAAGGAGCGCCGGGAGGCGGUGAUGAGCAGGCUCACCAGCUGCUGUAGGAGAGGCGCCAGCGUGUCCUACAAAUACUCCAAGGUGAACAAGGAGGAAGAGGCGGAUGAGAACGAAACCGAGUGGCUGAUGGAGGAGAUCCAGCUGCCGACGCCGAGGCCCGGGAAGGAGGCGCAGGAGAACGGCCACAUCACCACCAAGUCCGUGAAGGCCGAGGCCCUCAGCUCCCUGCGCGGGGACGACCAGGACAGCGAGGACGAGGUCCUGACCAUCCCGGAGGUGAAAGUGCACCCGGGCAGGGGGCCUGGGGACGAAGGCGCGCACCCGAUGAGGCCCCCGCAGAGGCAGGUGCUUCGGGAGCGAGCGGACGACAGGGUGGGGCUGGUGCUGGAGGAGCCGGCCCGGAGGGGGAGGCCCAGGGCCGCGCAUAACAAGGCCGUCAACUCCUUCCACGACGACAGCGACGAGGACCUCCUGCACAUCUAGACCCG